AUGACGACUCCGAUCCCACAACCACCUGGUGUUCCACUCCUUGGAAACGUCUUCGAUGUGAAACCCAGCAAUACGUGGGGCUCAUUGAAGACCCUGUCUGAAAAAUGGGGUCCGAUCUUCAAGAUCAAUGCACUCGGUACACAAAUUGUCUUUGUCGGCAGUGCUGCUCUGUUGGAAGAGAUUUGCGAUGAGAGCCGCUUCCGCAAAUGCGUCACUGGACCUAUCGUCGAGAUCCGACAAGCUGUUCACGACUCUCUGUUCACAGCGUAUCAUUCCGAGAUGCGAAUUUGGGGAAUUGCGCACCGCAUCAUGGCGCCAUGGUCAUCUGAUGAGUCGAACAGGACCACAUUCAAUGACAUGCGGGACAGUAUUGCUGCCAUCGUGCCGGCAUGGACAUCAACAGCCGGCCAAGAGACUGAUGUACCAGAAGGUCUCAAACGACUCAACCUGCAAUCCGUACAAUGGAGUUUCUUCCACCAAAAAGCCGACUACAUGACCGGCGCGUUCCCGCAAUUUCUCACUGCCAUUGACCAUUCCACAAUGGAAGCUGUAAAGCGUCCUACGCGGCCCAAGCUCUUGAACUGGCUCUUCUACCAGCGCGGAUACAACAAAGACAUCCGCACUAUGCGUUCCUUUUCCGCCGACGUUAUUGCCAAGCGCAAGAGUGAGGAGGAGCAUCCCAUCGACAUGCUAGAUGCGCUGCUCAAUGGCAAGGAUUCUGAGACUGGCGAGUCACUUACAGAAGAGCAAGUCAUUGAUGAAAUCAUUACACUAUUCAUCGGUAGUGCGACGUCGCCUUGUCUCAUCUCCUUUGCCUUAUACUAUCUCCUCAAAAAUCCGGAAUACAUUACCAAAGCGCGUGAGGAAAUUGACUCCAUCCUCGGCGCCGAUGGCCAGCUUACCUCCGAAAACCUUCCACAGUUCAAAUAUACCGAGGCUAUUGUCCGCGAAGCUUUCCGUCUCUCUGCCGUGGCACCAGGCUUCAAUAUCGAGCCCCGCCCGGAGGUCAAUAAGGACCCGUAUGUCUCUCUGGCUGGCGGUACAUACCAGAUUCCUCGCAACCAAGUAAUCAUCUCUAUCCUCCACUCUGUAAACCGCGACCCAGCCGUUUUCGACGACCCGGAGGUAUUCCGGCCAGAGCGUAUGCUUGGCGAAGCAUACGACAAACUACCUUCGGGGGUGAAGAAGGGAUUCGGAAACGGCCAACGACGCUGCUUUGGGGCGAAAUUCGCCUGGCAGUGGAGCUGGAUCACUCUUAUAACAAUUCUAAGAGAUGUCGAUCUAAAGCUGGCUGAUGAAAAGUAUACCAUUGACGAUGAUAUCAACGGGGCGUUUUGCGUGCAACCCUGGAAUUUUUUUGCCAAGGUCGAGAAGAGAAAGGACCGUCCUUGA